AUGCCACUGGACGAGAAGAAUGACGAUGAAGAGGCGGUGUACGUCCAGCACCAGUCGAGCAACCGCUGGAAGCUGCCGAGCCACGAGCGGCCGAGCAAGACGCGAGCCUCCAGGGCAAACAAGAAUGACGAUGAAGAGGCGGUGUACGUCCAGCACCAGUCGAGCAACCGCUGGAAGCUGCCGAGCCACGAGCGGCCGAGCAAGACGCGAGCCUCCAGGGCAAACGUGCCAAUCACAGUUCGGAUUGACGACAUUGUCACGAAAGAACAAGAGCCAGCGUACCUCGAGUGGCAGCGCGGCAUCUCUAGUGCGCAAGAGCGCUUCGUCGCUGACAGGUUUGGGAAGGAUGCCGUCUGCAUGCUGCUCCGCAAGAGCUCGAUGAAGAACUCCAGUCGGUACAUUGUGCUGUUCCGCUUCCCGAACCGUGAGGCGGCCUUUGCGUGGGAGACCUCGAGCGAGUACCAGCACUGGGUCCGCAAGCUGACUGAGAUUGGCGUCGAGAGUACGCCCGCCGCGGACAUGGACGGCGCUGGGGCCGACACGUCCACCGACUACUUCCCCAUCUUUGACUUGGACAAGUCGUCACCACGGAUGACGAGCGAGCGGUGGCACUUCUGCUUUUUGGUGUGGUGCCAGGUGUAUGUGCUCUGCAUCUUCUGGGCUUCUGCCCUCCCCAAGCUGCUCGGCUCCUUCUACACCGAACUCAACUUCGACGCGAUGAUUCUCGUCUCGACCGUCGUGACGACCCUCACGAUGGAGCUUAUGACGAUGCGCGUCACCGUGCUCGCUGCACGCAGGAUCGGCUUCUUGGCUACGCCAGAGGACGAGGAGGAGUAG